AUGGCUUCCGCACAAACUAGCCGUGCGGUGUCCUUAGAGCACAUGCUUUACAAGCUGGGCGGCCCUUUCCGGCUGCUGUCACGGCCCUUGCGGGUCUGUGAACCCUGUAUCGGCAUCGGCGGACUCCGUCGUCUGAUUCUGGCUUGCGGGGGUCAGUAUGAAGCGACCGCAGGUUACGAUUCGGAUAUUGCCUUAGCGGCUUUCUACCGCAGCCUGCAAAAGCACGAACCUAGUGCGGCAGGGGAUACCUUGGCCAAGGUUCACAUCGGCCCAUUGCAGGGGGACAUUCUGAGUCUCUCCCUGCUCGAAAUGGAAACCUGUGAAGCCUUGGUGGGAGGGCCUCCGUGCCAGCCCUGGUCGGCAUCCGGAGAAAAAGCCGGCUGUCAGGAUCCCCGUGCGGAUGUAAUGGACCAGACCAUCACCAUGGUCAUUGAGCAGGCAUGGCGAGGUCAGCUAUGCAUUGUGGUCCUAGAGAACAGCAGCCUUCUGCUGACAAGUCCGUUCCUUGCUGAGAUCAUGAGGCGGUUGGAGAUCUCGGUACCCUUCUUCCACUGGGAAGUAUGCAAGAGUGAUCUCUCACGAAUUUUCCCACAGUCCAGGGAGAGAUGUUGGUUGCGAGGAAUGCGUCGGGAUGCAAUGCUAGCAUCCAAGCUGCCAGCACCGUUGCAGAUGGAAGACCUGGGAGGAUAUGUCCCUCUACAGAGCUUGCUGGACACUGGGGUGCAGCCAUUUAACCCCAUCAAACUCAGCAAGAACCAACAGUGCAACCUGGUUGCUUACAUGGAACAAGUACGGAUUGAUGCUGCCAAGGGUGCUGCAGGGCAAAUUGCUUUGUUCGAAUUAGACAGGUGUCCCUUGAAAGCUUUCGGGGAGAAGCUGAUGUAUGACCGCUGCAUGGCUUUGCGAACAACAGGGCCUCCGAUUUUCAUGGUGGUGACCAGCGAGGUUGACAAACACUGGUCGGAGCACACACUGCAUCGUUUCCUCUCCUUGGAGGAAAGAUGUAAGAUCCAAGGCCAUGAAGGGAGUUUGGCCCUUCACUUUCCAACAAAGGCGGCUUUGCUCAGGGGCACGGGGAAUGCUUUCCACCCGUUACACCUGGCCUCCAUGCUCAUGCCCAUGGUCCGAGAGGCAUAUCUCACCGGUGUGUUGAGCCCGGCUGGUCCCAACAGCCUGUCCGACCAGCAGUUGCUUGAGUUGUUGCCUGGGGCAGAGGAAUUGUUGGGCGGGUCGCUUUGCUCGGCAACAGAGGCUCUGAACAUUUGCCACAAAACCCCACAACAGUUCGGCCUUGAUGGGGGGAGAUCACAGACUCCCGCCACGACACCCGGAGAGAAAACCUCACAGCAGUUUGGCCUUCGUCCGGGGAGAUCACAGACUCCCGCCACGACACCGGUAAAGAAAACCUCGCAGCAGUUUGGCCUUCGUCAGGGGAGAUCACAGACUCCCACCACGAGACGGAGAAAGAAAACCUCGCAGCAGUUUGGCCUUGAUGGGGGGAGAUCAGAGACUUCCGCGACACCCGGAGAGAAAACCUCGCAGCAGUUUGGCCUUGAUGGGGGGAGAUCAGAGACUUCCGCGACACCCGGAGAGAAAACCUCGCAGCAGUUUGGCCUUGAUGGGGGGAGAUCAGAGACUUCCGCGACACCCGGAGAGAAAACCUCGCAGCAGUUUGGCCAAGAUGGGGGGAGAUCAGACCCAUUGGAAGAGCUUUUCUUUUCAGAUGGCGAGGCGUUCUCGGAGUUCGUCAAGACUCCACCAAAGACUGUGCCACGGACAUCCAACAUCAGGACAAGACUGCGAGGCAAGCAAUCUCCUGCGGCUACAGUUGUGGUAGGUGCAAAACCAGCCCAAACGUGGCCUGCAGAAUUUUUGCGGAAGCAGCCGAGUCGGAUCUUGGUGCUAGACUUGGCCACCCCUCAGAAAGGCGCCAAGAGAAGGAGGGACUCUUAG